AUGCUAACACUGAAAGAUACUGACACAGCACUGCAGCGGGCACCUAGUUCAUGUCUAAAUCGAUGUCCGGAGUACAACGCCUUGGCCGACCAGUACCAGAGGGAACGGGAGGUUCUUUUGGCCGCGGGGAAAAUGGCAACAGGGAAAGAGGAAACGGGGAAAGAGGAAACGGGGAAAGAGGAAACGGGGAAAGAGGAAACGGGGAAAGAGGAAACGGGGAAAGAGGAAACGGGGAAAGAGGAAACGGGGAAAGAGGAAACGGGGAAAGAGGAAACGGGGAAAGAGGAAACGGGGAAAGAGGAAACGGGGAAAGAGGAAACGGGGAAAGAGGAAACGGGGAAAGAGGAAACGGGGAAAGAGGAAACGGGGAAAGAGGAAACGGGGAAAGAGGAAACGGGGAAAGAGGAAACGGGGAAAGAGGAAACGGGGAAAGAGGAAACGGGGAAAGAGGAAACGGGGAAAGAGGAAACGGGGAAAGAGGAAACGGGGAAAGAGGAAACGGGGAAAGAGGAAACGGGGAAAGAGGAAACGGGGAAAGAGGAAACGGGGAAAGAGGAAACGGGGAAAGAGGAAACGGGGAAAGAGGAAACGGGGAAAGAGGAAACGGGGAAAGAGGAAACGGGGAAAGAGGAAACGGGGAAAGAGGAAACGGGGAAAGAGGAAACGGGGAAAGAGGAAACGGGGAAAGAGGAAACGGGGAAAGAGGAAACGGGGAAAGAGGAAACGGGGAAAGAGGAAACGGGGAAAGAGGAAACGGGGAAAGAGGAAACGGGGAAAGAGGAAACGGGGAAAGAGGAAACGGGGAAAGAGGAAACGGGGAAAGAGGAAACGGGGAAAGAGGAAACGGGGAAAGAGGAAACGGGGAAAGAGGAAACGGGGAAAGAGGAAACGGGGAAAGAGGAAACGGGGAAAGAGGAAACGGGGAAAGAGGAAACGGGGAAAGAGGAAACGGGGAAAGAGGAAACGGGGAAAGAGGAAACGGGGAAAGAGGAAACGGGGAAAGAGGAAACGGGGAAAGAGGAAACGGGGAAAGAGGAAACGGGGAAAGAGGAAACGGGGAAAGAGGAAACGGGGAAAGAGGAAACGGGGAAAGAGGAAACGGGGAAAGAGGAAACGGGGAAAGAGGAAACGGGGAAAGAGGAAACGGGGAAAGAGGAAACGGGGAAAGAGGAAACGGGGAAAGAGGAAACGGGGAAAGAGGAAACGGGGAAAGAGGAAACGGGGAAAGAGGAAACGGGGAAAGAGCAAAACGAGGCAAGAGCAGGACAGAGAAAGGGCAGUACAGGAAAAGAGCAGUUCAGGGAAAGAGCGAUACAGGAAUAG